AUGGAUACACACCCAUCUCCUCCAGCACCCAGCCACAACCAACCUCGAACACAUCCAACCCCAGCACCAGCACCAGCACCACAACCACAACCACAACCAAUAAUCCUCUCCCCCUCAGCAAUAACCGCCCAACCCCCCGAAUCCUUCCCGACACCAUCCCCAGGCUCCCCAGGCCGCAUAACCAACAACCUAACCUGGCGCACCCUCCUCUCCACCCCGCAAACCCCCCGCACCGCCAUGUGCGCGGGUCUAGCAACGUGCCCACCACGCAGCGGCUCGCUGGCACUCCACCGGCACACCCAGGCGGAGAUCUACUACGUCACGGCUGGACGUGGGGUCGUGGUCAUCGAGGGCGUUGAGCACGAGGUGCAACGGGGGAGCGUGCUGUUUAUCCCGGGCGAUGCGGAGCAUGGGGUGCUUAAUCGGGGGAGUGAGGAGUUAGAGUGGUUUUACGUUUUCCCUACGGCGGGAUUUGGGGAUGUUGUUUAUCGGUUUGAGGGGGAGGGGGCGAUGGAGAGGGCAGAGGAAAAGGAAGGUUAG